GCAGAGACCAUGUAGUCAGUGAGUCCCCUGCCACUCUUUUUGCACUGUCAACAUGGCUCUGAGAGGUACAAUCACCCUGACGGCUCUUCUCCUCUGCUUCAUACUGGGCAUACUUAGUCCAGCUCCAGCCGAAUGUGCCCGUACAGCCUGCUGUACCAGCUACAGUAAGACGCAAGUGUCCUUCAAUCGCAUCAAGGGAUACAGAGAACAACUGGCUACUGAAUACUGCCGCAUUGAGGCAAUCAUUUUCUACACGGUUGCAAAUAGGCAGGUGUGUGCAGACCCAAAAGCUCACUGGGUGAAAAAACUCCUCGAACAACUCAGCGCAAAACUGAAGAACAUGUCCAAGGGUGGCUCGGUUGGAGGAAAAACUUCAGUGAAGAAAGCUGGAAACGCUUCAGGUCGUGAUGGAAGUGGAUCUGCAACAGAGGCUUUCACUGCUUAUUAGCAAAAACCAGGUUGUCACCUUAGACAGCUGGAAGUAAAGAAAUCGCCAUGCAGAAUUACCCAGUGUGCCUAUACAUUUGUUAUAAAGAUACUCAAGCAUUUAUAAUCAAGUUAACGCUGAGGGCACUGUCCCUUGAAAAACCGACAAAAUGUGUAAUGCCUUUGCUUUACUGUUUGCUCUUAACUUCUUCAGCCUCAGGUUUAAAUUCAGUACUCCUGUAUUAAAACUGUAUUAAGAACAGAUUUGAGGCAAAUGUUGAUUAUUUCUUCAGUCUCUCAAUAAAUCUUUACAAAAACA